AUGUCCCAAUCGAAGUUGAAGCAGGUGUUUAGCUACCAAUCGUGGGUACAUGCGGUAUCCGGAUCAGCGGGUAGCGUGAUUGCGAUGUCGGCCUUCUAUCCACUGGACACCGUACGCAGUCGUUUACAGUUAGAAGAACCGGAACGGCGCAAAGCACUUAGCACAUGGCGAAUUCUUCGUAAUUUGAUCGAUGAGGAAGGUUUUGAAACACUCUACCGUGGGCUGGUUCCAGUGCUGGAGAGUCUGUGCAUCUCCAACUUUGUCUACUUCUACACCUUCCACAGUCUGAAGGCGCUUCGUGGCGGAGGGCAAUCCGCGCUGGGUGAUCUGCUGCUCGGUUCGCUGGCCGGUGUUGUCAACGUGCUGACGACGACUCCCUGCUGGGUUGUUAACACCCGACUAAAGAUGAAAGGACUCGGUCAGCACGCCAAACGAAAUGGUUCUGGUGGCACCGAUCUACAAUACGACGGGUUGCUCGAUGGUCUGCAGUACAUCGCCCGAACGGAGGGGGUCCGAGGGUUGUGGGCGGGCGCUAUACCCUCUCUUAUGCUCGUCAUUAAUCCUGCCAUUCAGUUUAUGGUGUACGAAGCACUUAAACGUCGUCUUACAUCGGGUGCAACGUCGAGGACACCGUCCGCAAUCACGUUCUUCAGUAUAGGUGCGAUCGCGAAAAUGAUUGCCACCGUACUGACGUACCCUUUGCAACUUGUGCAGACAAAAUUACGACACGGCAAUACCGACCGGAACCUAAAUCUACCCCCCGAUGUAGACACGGUACAGAUGCUGCUAAUCAUCCUAAAACGUCAGGGUGUAGCAGGACUGUUCCGUGGACUGGAAGCGAAGCUGCUGCAAACAGUUCUGACCGCAGCACUAAUGUUUAUGGCAUACGAAAAGAUUGCACGAUUUGUCACAUCGUUGCUGCUAUCGAAAGGCGGUGUCACUGCGGUACGACAUUGA